GUCGCUGGAGGGGCGAUGGUGGGGGUCGAAGGGUCGGCAGCGCGGCGGACCGGGCGGCAGUCGCGCUCGAGCCGCCGGCCGCACAGGUCUGAUGGAGCCGCGAUGAUGGCCAGUGGCGAGCUGCUGCUGGGCCUCCAGCCGUUGCUGCGGCUUCAGCCGCCGGACGCCAACAACAACGACAGCAGCGCCGAGCCGCAGCAGCCGCAGAAACAGCCGCACACGGAAAAGUACUCGCUGCGGCCGCGCUCGCUGCAGAUCCGCCUAGAAACCGAGUUGCGGCGCCGCGGAGCACCCAACGCGCCGCCCUCGUCGCUCGCCAACGCACGCUCUGCCUCUCCGGAGGCGACGCCGCGCCGCUCCAGCGGCGCCGUCAACGCCAAGCACAAGCCGCCGCCGCUGAGCAAGUACCGCCGCAAGACGGCCAACGCGCGCGAACGCAGUCGCAUGCGCGAGAUAAACUGCGCUUUCGAGACGCUGCGUCGCGCCGUGCCACCCCUGCCGUGCGGUGGCGCCGCCGCCGCCGCCGUCGCGGCGCCAAGGGGCUGCGAGAAGCUGACCAAGAUCACGACGCUGCGCCUCGCCAUGAACUACAUCGCGGCGCUGACGCAGAUCCUGAGCGAGGCGCCGCCACCGCCGCCGCCCCCGCAGAUCAGCCUCCUCGAGCCGUCGGUGCCGUCGACGCUCGACUUGCUCGCCGACGCCGACCCCAUGUUCGACGACAUCAUGGUGGCCGACGCCGCCUUCGACAUGCUGCUCGAGUCGGACGGCGAGUCGCUCCACUUCCACUCGGACCUCAGCGAGCAGUCCACCCCGUGACCCCCGAACGCAAAAGCCCCUGUGCAGUGCUGACCAGUGCCUCCGGACGCUUUCGCCGACACUCCGCCGGACCCGCGCUCCUGCCGGCAAAUCCUAUCAGUUUCACCGACUAACGAGUAAGUCUUAGGAAAAUCUCAAAAAAUUAAAAAAAAAUCCUUAAAAAGUAGAUUCUAGACGAGUAAAAAGCUAGUUUUCGAGUUUGGCGCUGACCUAUCGCGCGCGAGAAAGUUUUUAAUUAGUUGCAGGUCCUUGUUUUCUCGUCCUAAUCUGUCCCUCCGCGUCAAAGUGACCCGUAGUUAGUUCCUGAACCUGAUCAACCUUUCUUUUCCACGGAGAAAUGAAACUCUGGACAUUUCUUGUCGUAAAAAAAACCUCAAAUUUUUUGGUCUACUUGAGUUUCUUGAUCAAAAACGAAAAUUUUGAAAUAAAAUAAUUUACGCAAAUGGUUGCAAUCUGUGUAGAUAAGAGUAUUUCCCGUCAAAUUUAAGUCCUGCUAAAAUACAAAUUUUCCCUUUCAUUUCGCCACUCAGGAAUGUGUAAAUACAAGUUCUAAUCCGACGAAACAAAGUAUAGGCAUAUCAUUUCCCGCGGGGAUUUGCCGGAGAAGGAGCCGGGCCCGCGGAGUGCGGGCGCCGAGAGGCCAAGUCGCCCGCCCGCCCGGCUGGAAUGGAAACCGGACCCCAGUGAUGGAAAAGUAGUGAAUCGGCCUCCUCUGUGUUUUAGCAUUGGGGUGCGAGAGAAACAAUUCGGAAAAAGUGCGUGCGACGGGCGAAGAGACAUUGAUUUCCCUGCUCCCGAGACAGACUCUCUACUUCUUGUACAUAAAUAGGUUGUUCUUUUAGUUUCACAUAUCACCGCUGUUGGUUGUACAGUACAGAGAAAAGUACGGACGGACGAAGGAAGAGACGCAUUCAUCACCUUUCAAGUAUGUACGUUUCGAUUUGAAAAUGAAAUAUUUUCACUCGUGUGCAAUACGUGCCAUGAUGUUGAAAUAGCAAAUAAAGACACGGCUUCAUUUCAACAAUUAAA